UCUGUGAGGUGUGUUAAUCAGCUGUUUCAGUGUGCGUGGAACAAUGUUGUCACAUGUACGCACACACCGACACACACACCUGCUAUUAUGCACAUGAUAAUAAGACGUGUGAUGUCUGCAGGUGACCAUGAACGCAACGCUGACCUGUGUGUGUGUGUGUGUGUGUGUGUGUUACAGCCUGGCAUUAGUGCAGCUGGUAUAAUGUCAGGCUUUAGUGUGUGUGUGUGAUGUGACAACUCUGUCAUUUCUAACACAACAGAGUUAAAAAGCCAACUGUUAUUAACACACACACACACACACACACACACACACACACACACACUCAGUGUCUUGUUGCUGCUUGAUGACUAAAGUUUGUCAGUCGUCUUGUCCUCUUUGUUCCAGUCACACAGCUCUUCAUCACGCAGAGAUGAUGGACGAAGAAGCCACCAAGCGUUACUGUCAGAUGAGUGACGAGGGACAGAACCAGAAACCAACUGAGCGAGGGAGUAAAGUUCAGGUUGGUCAGGAGGACAGAGAGAUCACCGUCCUGCCGCGAAGGAAGACAGACGAACCAGACGACACCGCCGAGAUGGCAGCAUCCGAUCCUUCGUCCUCCUGCUGUGGGUCUUGUAUCAGACUGAAGGACAGAUGUCCUCGACCGCAGGGACUCCUCAACCUGCUCAUCACUAAAGUGUGUCUGUUCGCUCUCCUGUUCGGCGUAGUCUGGUCCAUCACAGGAAGUGAGUGUUUACCUGGUGGGAACCUGUUUGGCAUCGUCAUCCUCUUCAUCUGCUCGGUGCUCGGAGGGAAGCUGGUGGGAAUGAUCCAACUGCCCACACUGCCCCCGUUCCCUCCACUACUUGGCAUGCUGCUGGCAGGUCUGCUGCUGCGUAACGUUCCCUACAUAACGGACGCCGUCUACAUCGACACUCACUGGUCUGCAGCUCUGAGGAACAUCGCCCUGUCAAUCAUCCUGACCAGAGCCGGACUGGGCCUCGACCCGUCGGCAUUGAGCCGCCUGAAGGCAGUGUGUGUGCGUCUGGCGAUUGGUCCUUGCGUGGUGGAGGCCUGCGUCGUCGCCCUGGUGUCUCACUUCCUGUUGGGUCUGCCCUGGGUCUGGGGCUUCAUACUGGGUUUUGUCCUGGCCGCUGUGUCACCAGCUGUCGUGGUUCCUUCGAUGUUGCUCCUGCAGAGAGAAGGAUACGGAGUGGAGAAGGGAAUUCCCACCCUGCUGAUGGCUGCAGGCAGUUUUGAUGAUAUUCUGGCCAUAACAGGGUUCUCGACCUGCCUGGGCAUCGCCUUCUCUACAGGUGCUACAUGGAUGAACAUACUGAAGGGUCUGUUGGAGGUGGUUGGAGGGGUCAUAGCCGGACUGGUCCUGGGCCUGUUCUUGUGCUGCUUCCCCAGUAAAGACCAGGAGGACCUGGUGCUGAGGAGGACCCUCAUGUUGUUGGGUCUGUCCAUAUUUUCUGUCUUCUUCAGUCAUGUCAUUGGUUUUGCCGGAGCCGGUGGUCUCUGUACGCUGGUGCUGGCCUUUCUGGCCGCUCUGGGCUGGAAGACCAACAAGGCACCGGUGGCAGCCAUGGUGGGUCGGUCAUGGGACAUCUUCCAGCCGAUCCUCUUUGGUCUGAUAGGAGCAGAGAUCACCAUAGCAAACCUCAGCCCGAGCACCGUGGGUUUAGGUUUGGCCUGUAUCAGUAUUGGUCUGGUGAUCCGCCUUCUUAUCACCUUCCUGCUGGUUCAUUUUGGAGGAUUCAACCUGAAGGAGAAAUUCUUCAUCUCUGUGGCCUGGCUGCCUAAAGCAACUGUACAGGCUGCUAUUGGCUCCAAGGCGUUGGACAUGGCGAGGGAGGAGGGCGAUGCAACCUUAAUUAAGUUUGGUUUGGACGUGCUAACGUUAGCCGUGUUAGCCAUCCUGACCACAGCUCCUAUCGGGGCGCUGGGUAUCGGACUGGCAGGACCACGCCUCCUGGCCCGGCAGGUCAAAGAUGAAGAAGGCGGAGCCACAACUCCAAACAGCAAUGGGAUUGGUCAAGAAAAAGACAAUGUGACCCUUGAGAGCAAGCUAUAAAGCUUCUGAUUGGACAAACAGAAGCAUGCUAAAUAUUAUCUUACACACCUUAAGUUAACCUUCCACAGGUGCAGAUGUUUUUUAAACGUUCCUUUCAUGCUUUGUUACCUCUGCUGUAUAUGAGUGAUACGAUUAAUAAUGAAAGAAGAUCAGUGAACACUGGAGCUCAGUUCCAUCAAAGAGAUGUAAAGUUAGAAAUGAUAAUAAUGGUAAUUUAAAAUGAACGAUUUAAAUGUCUGACAUAAAGUCAAUGUUUGACUCACUGACAUACAAAUAAUUAAAGAAAUAGAACUUUUUGUCAUUACUUACAUUUCGUCUGUUAUUCUGGCACAAAUGGGCUUCCAUACACGUGGUACAAGUGAGGCGGUCAUGUUUGUUAUAUUUUAGUUCCAUGUUGGAGACAUCAGAGCUUUCUCAGUCAUUAUACUCCAUGUGUAUUUACAUUACGUUAGUACUGAUUCACAGUUCAACAAGUCUAACUAUGUAACUUUAGCAUCUUAAUGACAGAUUAUUUGAAAGGUAAUGAAGAUGUUGAAUUGUUGGAUUGUGAUUAUUGAUAUUAGCAGAGCAGCAGCAGAGUUAGUAGUUAUAUUUAUUCACACUCUGUUUCAAAGUAGAAACAGUUAUACGUCAUUUUAGUUUUUUAAAGUCGAGUACAGGUGAGCUAAUUCGUCAUUGUUGUAGGGUAGUCUGUAGAAGAUGCUGUCUGAAGGCAAAAGUGUUUGUAAAUGUUUGAAAUGUGGGUGAAAUAUAAAUAUAACAGAGUAACUUAAGCUUUUGAGUCGAGGACGAGUUUGUUAGAUUAUCAGUACUAAUUCAGCAUACUGUAAUUCUUUUCUGUCUUAUCAUUCUUAUUGCAAUUAUCUUCUGUAACUCCCCGUCCUACCAAGACGAAUAUUUCUGACAAGUAUUGUAAUGAUCUGCUUUGUCUUAUGAAACAGGCCUUUAAUGAAAAACUCAAUAAACCCUUCAAAUCUCUUUAUUUAUGUUUCAUUCAUUGAAGUCAUCGUCGAGACAAGAUGUCAGAAAGAUUGUAACUAAGCCAGCCUUUGUCUAGUUUCAACCAGUCAUCAACCUCUGUGUCUGUCUGUGAACACAAACCGCAGUUCCUCAAACGUCCACUUGAGGUUGUCUGCAGAAGUGAGUCAGACCUGUUAGUC